UAUGAAUCUCAUAGUCUGAGCUCUUACUCAGAGCUUACUCAUAUUUAAUUCCAUGUCCAGGUUAAUACAUUACAGCCAUGCUUUUGGGUUUGAAGUGUGAUUUAGACAUUUAAGUCUCAGUGUGGAUCUUCAUUCUAAGCCAAUCUCUUACCACUCUGCUUCCCAUGCUUCUUCCCAAGUUACCUUUGUCAAUGAUAACAUGUCCACAAAGGAGGUGCUAAAUUCGUCUCAUAAAAGGUCAUCUCUGCCAGCUCUCAGCGCAUUAGCCAGUGUCAUUGGCUGUGUGUGCAUAGCCUUCUUUAACAGACUGCAUGCCUCGAAUGCAAAACAGUCAGCAUCGUUCUGGACAACGAAAUCUGUAUGUUUAAGUGGAAAUGAUGGCUUUGUAUGAUAUUACAUCCUUCCAUUUUUUGUAAUGCUUAUACUACACAGGGUCAUGGGGAGCCUAUAGCCUACCCCAGGGGACUCGAGUCACAAGGCGGGGGACACCCUGGAUGGGGUGCCAACCCAUCACAGGGCACAAUCGCACACACACUAGGGUCUUAGAGAUUUAGAGAUGCCAAUCAGCCUAGAAUGCAUGCCUUUGGACUCGGGGAGGAAACCAGAGUACCCAGAGGAAGCCCCCACAUGCAAAUUUAGCGCACACAGGGCAGAGGUGGGAAUCGAACCCCCAACCUGGAGGUGCAAGGCUUUUUUGGAUCAUUGCUUUGAUUAUUUAUAUAGUUUUCUUGGUUCGAUAUUUGGAAAAGUUGCAGUUUAGACUGUUAUUUGGUCAACUGAAGCGAAUUUUUAGCACCCCAGAAAAAAACCAAAAAAAAAAAAAACAUCCAAUCAGACGGCUCUGGACUGGAGUGACUGAGUGUAAUAAGACAUAAUAAAAUAUAUUGCACGUGAUGCAACUGGAAAUUCCGUGAUUGCGUCCAAUCAGACGACAUGAGCUGUCCUUCAGCACUUCGGAGAGAUGUGACUCUACAACGCCCUUGGAGGUCUAGAAAGCAAACUCGGAGCCGACUUGAAGUUGUUGAGUGGCUCACAGAUCACACAUAAAAAGCGGUAGAGAAGUUUGCGUUUGGCAGAAAUCGUGGCGGAAAGAUGAGCAGGCAGAACGCGCGCGCGCUCGCGCUGGUCCUGUGCGCACUCGCCUACCUGUUUGCGGGAGCGGCGUUGUUUUACACGCUCGAGUCGGAAACCGAGAGCAUCAGAGCCAAAGUUGUUGAAGGGAAACAAUCGACAGUGAAGCGAGAACACAAUCUCUCGGACGAUGAUUACAACGAAAUCGAGAAACUUGUCCUGUUGGCUAAAAGUCAUCGUGCGGGACGGCAGUGGAAGUUUGCGGGAUCCUUUUACUUUGCCAUGACCGUCAUAACGACGAUUGGUUAUGGCCAUUCGACGCCGUGCACUGAUGCUGGUAAAGUGUUCUGCAUGUUCUAUGCUCUACUGGGUAUUCCACUAACACUCAUCAUGUUCCAGAGUGUAGGGGAGCGCAUGAACACAUUCAUAUGCUUUCUGAUGAGCCGGGUCAACAAGUACAUAGGUGUGUGUGGUGUGUCAAUGGUAAACAUGGUUACAGUGGGCUUCUUGACCUGCCUUAUUACACUGUGUGUGGGUGCAGUGGCGUUCUCUUAUUUUGAGGGAUGGAACUUCUUCCAUGCCUUUUAUUACUGCUUCAUCACACUCACCACCAUCGGCUUUGGAGACUUUGUUGCUCUGCAGAAGAAGGAAGAUUUGGAGAAGAACAAUCUGUAUGUGGCGUUCACUUUCCUGUACAUCCUCGUCGGGUUGAGCGUGAGUGGAGCGUUCCUGAAUCUUGUGGUGCUGCGCUUCCUCACUGUAAGUUCAAAAAAGGAUGGAAGGGAGACAGAGAGACAAACAGAGCGCCAACCGUAUGCAGAAGAAGGACGCAGUGAGUACGGCACCCUCUCCUUGCCCACGGCUGAAGGAAACAGCUGCACCAACCUCAUUGCCACCCCUUGUGAAGAAUUUCCAGACCACAAGAUGACGUCUGCUCCUUCCUUGCUUCCUGUUUGUCACUUCUGUUCUUGCUGUUCCUGGAUGUGCUGUGGGCUGACUUGCUGUGACAGCUUCAAGUCAACAUCAUCAAAAUUCUCAGCGCUUCAGGCAUGCCAGUCAAACUCGGUCUUUUGCAAUUCUGUGUCUUACAGGGUGGAAAGGGCAUCAGACGGCAGGUCUGGAACCAGCUCAACUGCGGGUUCUCUGAACAGACCUCCAAAGCCUGUUCACAAUGGUUCCUAUACAAGAAGGCAGUCUCUAUAGAUUUAAAUCUUAAUAUAGAGAUUCACAAGAUGCACACAUGACUGCAAAUAAGAAUUGGAAUAAGCCAAUUUACAUACAAAUUAACAGUUACAUCAGUGUUUUUACCGAUACCUAUUUAUACCAAAAAGUCAAAAAGUUCAUUUUCUGUAACAUCACAGUUCUGACAGAAGUGCCAGCUGUAAUGUAGAUCACAGGUUUGCAUUAAUAUGCUAAUUCUAAUAUGUUCUUGUUUCUAUAGUAACAACUCAUUCACACUGACUCGUAUGGUGGACAAUCUACAUAAUCCUAAGGGUAAUAAUAAACAGAUUCAAAAAAGUGUUGUUAUUUAACAAAAGAAAAAUGUAUAAUCUUGGAUAUGGUGAAACUUUCUGUCAGUAGAUGUUUAUUUAACAUUGAAGGAAGGAGUCUCCAGUGCCACUGCUUCGUAACAGUAAGUUUUCCACAACGAGAAAAUCUUCUGGACCGAGGACUUUGCGUUUUCCAGUGUCUAAGUAACAUGAGAAACUGCAUUUUUUCAUUAACUUCAAUACAAUACGGUGGAGAGGGAACAACUUUUUAUAACUGCUAUUUUCCUGAUGGUGAUCAUAUUGACCAUAUUGACUUCUAAACACUACUAACAGGAAUGUGAUAUAUGGAUUAGAGCAGUGGUUCUCAAACCUUUUUCAGCCAUGAACCCCAGGUAUAUUCUGACUGAUCCUCGUGGACCCCUCAUGUAA